AUGUGGGCCUCCCUGUUGCCAUGGUUAUUGUGUUUGCUGCUCCCCCUGCCCUCUGACUGUCAGACGAUGACCUCCUCCUCCCCUCCGUCCGACACCUCCCCGUUCUCCACCCUGCUGUUCCACGGAGGCUCCCUAGGUUCUGGCCUGAGGAACUGCAGCUGCUCGGUUCCGGUCCGCGACUGCGACGAGGCACUGGCCAACACUCGGUGCCGGUGCCACUCGGUGCUGCGCACCUCCCUUCAGCGGCUCCGGCAGGAGGGGAUUCUGACGGUGUGGGUGAAGGAGCCGUGGGUUCUGGAGGAGGUGCUGAACAUCAGCACAGUGGAGCAUCUGCGCUUAUCCUUCUGUGGACCGGAUCGACUCCAGAACCAGCAGCUGGUCCUGCUGGGUCUGCAGACUCUCAGAAUCCACAGCUCUGCUCCAGGAGCUCCUCACCCGACCCAGGAGGUCCAGGUUCUCCCCUCAGCAGGGCCCGCAGCAGAACUCCACAUCACCCUGGUGGAUCUCAGUGUUCUGAACGGUCUGUCGGUUCUGAAGGCCUACAGCGUGAUCGGACCUCCUCCUCAGACCUUGGCCCAGUUCUUGCCCCACCUGGUCUUCAGUCAGCCGUCCCCUGCUGACGGUCCAUUCACUGACCGGGUCCCACCGGGCCCUGCUGCAGCUCUCGGUUCUCUUCCUGCUCCGGUCAACCUUAAAGUCAAGUCUGUCAACUUCCACCAUGUCCUCCACUGGGACCCGGGGCCCGCCAGUCCCCCGGGGACACACUACAUGAUCUUCCAAAGGAUUGGAAGGAAGAUGAAGCGUCUGCCCAACUCGACGUCAGAAACAUCGUUGAAGCUGAAACUGGAACCGCUGAAGGAGUACAGCUUCGCCGUCCGGGCGCUUUACAACCACACCGAGUCUUCCAUGUCCAGCAGGAUCACCUUUGCUCCCUUCAGAGACAGUACGUCAGCAGGACCCCAGCCUGGUUUAGGACAGGCCCGUUAG